GUUUGUGUAUAUAUUACUCCUGCUUCGCGCAUGCGCAUUCAGUAGCACCGUGUGCGCUUUAGGGAACGAGGUGAUUUUACUCUCUGUUUGUGAGGUUCUCACUGAGAAGACUGCUGUGAAUUUACUGGGAUUUAAGAAAAAGGUCACUUCUACUUGAGUGAAACGUCUGGCUGUAUUCACACAAUUAAUCACCACAGAGGGAUUUGUGCAGAAUGGACAAGAAGAGAAUCCAUUUCUGCUCAGAGUGUGGAAAGAGUUUUUUAACUCAGAGUAUACUAAAAAUACACAUGCGCAUUCACACAGGAGAAAAGCCCUAUAGCUGCUCACAGUGUGGAAAGAGUUUUACAGUGUCAAGUUCUUUGAAAAGGCACCAGCGCAUUCACACUGAAGAGAAUCAUUAUAGCUGCUCACAUUGUGGAAAGAGUUUUACAUAUUCAAGUUCUCUGAAAGACCACCAGCGCAUUCAUACUGGAGAGAAGCCCUAUAGCUGCUCACACUGUGGAAAGAGUUUUACAUAUUCAAGUUCUCUGAAAGACCACCAGCACAUUCACACUGGAGAGAAGCCUUAUAGCUGCUCACACUGUGGAAAGAGUUUUACACAGUCAAGGUCUUUGAAAGACCACCAGCGCAUUCACACUGGAGAGAAGCCCUAUAGCUGCUCACACUGUGGAAAGAGUUUUACAACGUCAAGUUAUUUGAAAAACCACCAGCGCAUUCACACUGGAGUGAAACCAUAUUACUGCUCACACUGUGGAAUGAGCUUUACAGCAUCAGAUUAUUUGAGAAAGCAUCUGCGCAUUCACACCGGAGAAAAGCCCUAUAGCUGCUCAGAAUGUGGAAAGAGUUUUACAGUUUCAAGUAGCUUGAAUAAGCACCAGCGCAUUCACACUGGAGAAAAGCCCUAUAGCUGCUCACACUGUGGAAAGAGUUUUACAGUUUCAAGUAAUUUGAUUAAGCACCAGCGCAUUCACACUGGAGAAAAGCCCUAUAGCUGCUCACACUGUGGAAUGGGUUUUACAGAAUUAAGUUCUUUGAAAAUACACCAGCGCAAUCACACUGGAGUGAAGCCCUAUAGCUGCUCACACUGUGAAAAGAGUUUUACAUUUUCAGGUAAUUUGAAUAAGCACCAGCGCAUUCACACUGGAGAGAAGCCCUAUAGCUGCUCACACUGUGGAAAGAGUUUUACAUUUUCAGGUAAUUUGAUUAAGCACCAGCGAAUUCACACUGGAGAGAAGCCCUAUAGCUGCUCACACUGUGGAAAAAGUUUUACAAGAUCAGAUUAUUUGAAAACGCACCUGCUCAUUCACACUGGAGAGAAGCCCUUUAGCUGCUCACUCUGUGGAAAGAGUUUUAUACAGUCAAGAAUUUUGAAAAAGCACCUACGCAUUCAUACAGUGAAGCCAUUUGACUGCUCACUAUGUGGGAAGAGCUUUACAACUUCAUCUUAUCUGAAAUAGCACCAAUUUAUUCACACAUGAGUGAAGCCACAUUACUGUUCAUACUGUGGGAAGAGUUUAAAACGUUCAUAUCAUUUGAAAAAGCACCAGAUUUUUUACAAUGGAGAAAAAAUAUAUUGCUGAUGUCAAUAUGAAAAGUGUUGUAGAGAUUUAUCUAAGAACAUUUAAAGGAAACAAAGCAAGUCAUCAGCAGAUUUAUACAAAACUUCCCCAUGCAAAACAUAUAAUGGUGGAGAACACAGACACUGUCAAGAAGAAUUUCAAUUCAUGUGUAGAUUGACAAAUGCUUGAAAUGUUAAUUAAUAUUAGGUAUAAUAAGCUGCAGCAAUUUGUAUCAAUUAUUCAAGCUCCUUGGGUCAAUCCUGAGCUUGGCUUUCUUUGUGUGUUCUUUACAGUGAGGUUCACUCUGGAUUUUGACCAGUUACUUCUCAUACCCCAGAAUGCCAGUAGAUGAACUUAUUACCCUAUAGGGGGAUAUGAUUAAUAAAAAAAAACAACUGAAAAAUUUUCUUUGUAAAUGUAACUAUGUGCUGAUUAGCUUAGUUUUACUUAUUACAUUAAAUUACUCAUUAUUA